GAUAUAUAUAUAUAUAUAUUUUUUUUUUUUUUUUUUACUAAACAGUUGGUGAUGGAGGCAGCUAUCCAAUCAACAGACAGCAGUUGGGAAACGAACGUAGCUGGAAUUCAGGCUGACCUUGAUGACGGCGUCCCUGGACAGUUCAACAUCCUAGCCUUCCUGAAGGAGAUGUUCACCAACACGGGGGUUAUGAUCAACGAAGACGAGCCUAUUAUCUCCUUCAAGAGUCCCUUCUUCGCGAACUUAACUACCAUGCUGGCUAACACCCCCCCGCACACUAUCGCCAACGCUGUCGGCUGGUGGUGGGUGUACGACCUUCAGCAGGAGAUGACCUACGCCAUGAGGAACAUCUCCUUCACCUUCCAGCAGGCGUUGACGGGCGCGACGGAGCCGACGCCGAGGUGGGAGCACUGCCUCCCGCAGGCCAAUUACAACCUGGGAUUCGCUCUCUCCAGGGCCUACGUCGAUAGGUUCUUCCCCGCGACGGCCAAGGACGAGACAAGCGAGCUGGUGGAGGACCUUCGCGCGGCCUUCAAUUCCCUCCUGGACGAGAACACGUGGAUGCUGGCGGAGGACCUGGCCGUCGCGAGGGAGAAGCUGGCGGCGAUCGACCCCUUCGUCGCUUAUCCGGACUGGAUCAUGGACGACGCCGAACUCACCAACGGAUACGAGGGUCUGGAAAUAUUAUCCGGAAAGGAGUAUGAAAAUUUAUUGGCAAUUGGCAACUGGUUCGACAGGAAUUCGCUCGCGUCGCUGAGAGAAGUACCUGAGCAUUCAUUCCUCUUUCCUCCAACGGUGGUCAACGCGUUCUACAACCCUCAGGAAAAUACAAUCACCAUACUCGCCGGCAUUCUACAGACGCCCUUCUACGCCCACAAUACCCUCGCCGCCCUUAACUACGGAGGCAUCGGCAUGGUCAUCGGGCACGAGAUGACCCAUGGCUUCGAUAACACAGGGCGUCUCUUCGACAAGCAAGGAAACCUGGUUCAGUGGUGGAGCGAUGAAACCAUUGCAGCUUAUGAAGAACGUGCAAAGUGCUUCGUUGAUCAAUACAAUGGCUUUAUUCCACCUGAACUCAUCGAAGCCGGCUUGAACAUCUCGGUGAACGGCCUACAAACGGAAGGCGAGAACAUAGCAGACAACGGCGGGAUCAGAGAAGCAUACAAAGCCUACCAACUGUACGUAGAGAGGUACGGAGAAGAGCCGCGCCUGCCUGGCCUCGACGAAUUCACUCCCGAUCAUCUCUUCUACCUCGGAUUCGCUAAUGUCUGGUGCGAACACAAGACCGCCCAAUCCGUUCUGACUCAGCUGGCCGUCGACCCUCACUCUCCAGGAAGGUUCAGAGUCUUGGGGCCUCUCUCUAACGACGCCGAAUUCUCCCGUGUGUGGAACUGCCCUGCUGGUUCGCCAAUGAACCGUGGCGAUGAGAGCUGCCUCCUGUGGUAGUGGCUGAAGGAGGGAAGGAGGAGAGAACGAAGGAGGAGGUGAAAAGGGUGAAUGGUGAAAAAAAAUUUACGUGGAACUCUAUUGGGGAAAAUAUUUUUU